AUGGGUUUCAGGCCAGAUGGUUUACCCAGCAGGCCGUCUUUGAUGACCUGCCCCUCUACAGAGGAGGAAACAAGGACUUUGAAACCUCAGCACUCAUCUAGAAGACCUAAACUUCACCAGUCCCAGCCAAAAGUCCAUGAGCAGAGUGAUUCAGACCCCUCACCCUCAGCAGAGAUUCUGGAAGCUGCCUGUAAUGCCUCUAUCCCUGGUCUCACUGGCGUCUCGAAUUUCACUGUCUUUCUCUACUGUAAUAUUUUCGAUGGAGAGAAUGGCUCACAGGACCCUGAAGUCAACCAUUUUGGGGUAGACCUGCACGCGACCUGCUCCGACGCUGCUUGGUACCUCUCAGCAGCAGAGGAAGAUUUUCUUUGGGCAGAAGCUACAAGGGAUUACCAGUACCUCAACCAAUCAAGUAUUGAUGACCUCUGUCUUCAACUCUCCAAUGAUGUUUCUGGGGGAUCUCCUCCAGACACCACUGAGGACUGCUUAGCACUGCUAAGCAGCAAAACUCUAACUGCCCAGGAUUUUAGAAGGUGUUUUCUGCCCAAUAACACAGCCCUUAUUGCCUCUUUGUGCGGAAAUGAUUCGUCUCAAAUACCUCAAGAUGGGAGCUGGGCAGCCGAGUACUGCUCCAAAGUCACCCCUAAUCACUCUCAUGGGGCCCCCAAAGACAACUGUGAUUACUCGAACUGGAAGGCAGAAUAUUUUAUGAACACCACCGCCGUUGAGAUUUGCAGCAGUAAAGCAGGUUUGAAGGACUAUAUUUGCAAAAACGCCACACUGUACUUCACAUUGAUUCGAAAGCAACCUUUGCUCUUAGACUACUGUUUGAACUCUGAAGAGAAGCAGGGCACCAAGUGUGUCCUCCAGAAGCUGUUUGACAUGCUGCCAGCGCCGUAUGACUUCGACACGUCGCAACUUUGUGUGAACCCCUUGCCCAUUCUACAAGAGGCUAUUCAUAAGCUCACUUUAUGUGAAGGAGUAGUGGAUGAACACACGGGAUGGUUAGCUACGGUGAGCUACGUGCUUCGAAUGUUGGACUUUGUGGUGGGGCUCUCGGAAGGUUUAGAGGAGGGACAACAAGAGGUGCGUCAGAGCCUGGGUCAGGCCAUUCUUCUGUCCAGCCUCCAGGACAAUGUUUCCUUCUGGGCCACUCUACGGCCCGAUGCAUCAACAAGUGUACUUCACACUGUGGGCAUCUUCCUGAAGAGAGAGCAGAACUCCACCUUAAAAGAAGAUCUUUUGAGCUGUUUCAGUCCUGUCCUGUGGGAUCUCAUUCAGAGGGAGGGCAACUCUUCUGCUUUAAGAUUUUUAAUGCAGGAGUACCUACAGAUGCCUAGAGAGAGUAUUCGCAGUGUAGUUAUGUCGGCAGAAAAAGAUGCUGUGAAAAGAUUCCUUUCUCAUGUUCAUCAGAGUUGGGAUCAACUUCAAGUCUCUCCAAAAGAACAAGAGGCCAUGGAAACCAUGACAGCUGCUUUCAUUCACAAGUUUCCCCGUGUCACACCAGAGCUUUUCAUUGACCUCUCCCAGUUUAUACCGUACAUGUCUGUCUCAGACAUUAUGACCUUCCCUGCCUCCCUCAUGGUCAAUGAAAGUGUACUGCUGGCCAUUAGGGAUCACAGCUCUGAGAUGAAGUCUCCACAAAAACAAGCCUUCAUAAAACGCCUGUUACAGUCCAGCGUAGCUGGAGAUGUGCCUUCGUGGCCUCCAUACUUCCUCAGCUCCAUUCUGCCUCUACUUCCACAUCUCCCAGUCAGUCACUUUCAGCAGCUCACAUCUCAACAACUCACGCCCUUAAUGGAGAUGCUGGGGAACAGCAGUCUGGAUGCCACAAGGGGGCACCAUGUACUUCGUACUGUGUUCGGCCGGGGGAAGAACCUGACGAGUGACAACAUAAUGAAGUUAGGAGUUCUCAUAUGUUACCUGAACUCUGAGGACUUACAACAGUUAUUGUCUUCAUCGAAUCUCUCACCUGCCCUGUGGCAGCAGCUGGCACAAUGUGUAUCAGAGGGACACAUCAGUGGAAGUGGCAGAUAUCUUGUCAACUUCGGCAAUGGCCUCGUUACAUGGUAUGCUGCCACAAAUGGGUGCUUCAUUUUUGGAGCCAUUGUCCUCAAACGAGUUGUUGGAUCUGGUAACUCUGCCGGGUAUGCCAACUUUCCCACCUGCUCAGAUUUAGGUCGCAUUGCUGGUGGCAUGAGCUGUGAAUGGCUGAAGCUUUGGGUAAAUGAGUCAGGCUUUUCUGAAUUGUUGCAAUUCAUCACUAAGUUGCCAGGAGGACUUAGACCUGGUUUGAAGAAAUGCGUUGUGGUGGAGCUACGGAAACAGCCUGAUAUUGAUCUAAAUGACUUGGACCCCUCAUUUGCUGCAAGAUUACCGCUGACCAUGUUGGAGAACCUGUCUAACUCUUCACUCAAUACUGUACUGGACUAUGUUCGACAACACUUUAUUGACUUUCUCCAGCUUCCACGACACAAGCAAACGGCCCUAGCAGAGAAAGCUAUCGAUGUACUCGGCAUCUCUGAAAAUGGCCUCACCGGGGCCUCCAUGGAUAUGCUCGGUCCUUUUCUGCCCUUCCUGGACAGGGAUGUGUUAACUCACAUAGAUCGAGAGGCUCUGAAACUGCGACUAGAGGAACUGAAACAAUAUUGCCUGCCCUCUGACACCUUCAGACAAAUAGCAGCUUUGCUCACAGAGAGAAGCAUGCUGGGAGAUCUGAAAACAUGGACGGUUGGGGAUGUUGAGCAUGUGGGUAGACUUUUGUUCACCCUUUCACCUCAGCAGAUAAGAUCUCUGCCACUGGGUGAUUUAGGUAAAGACACAGUUGAGCAGGUUCUGAUGAGCCAGUGGCUUUGGAAAAGCAGCGAAUUGGGAAAGGCUUGUUUGGAUUUGAAAGGACUACGAGAAAAGAUGAACGGUCUCACCCACAGGAUCGUUAAAGGUCGAUGGUGGAUGAGAAGGGGGCCCAUUCCAAGCUGUGCAGACAUUAAAGGGACAUUUCCAUCGGCCUGGAGAUCCUAUCAGCUGAAUCGAUUAAAGAGGAAGGAGCUGAAGAUGUGUGUUGAGUUCAUUGGUCAGGAUGACACACUUGAUGCCGAGCAACGUGAAGCACUUUGGAUGGAACUCAGACCAGUGUAUAAACCAGUGAAGCAGCUUGAACCAGAACAGGUGUUGGAACUGGGUUGUAUAGUGACUGAGAUGGGAGAAAGAGAGCUACAGGCUGUCAACUUGUCCAAUCUGGCUGUGGUGGCCCAUCUUGGGGACCUCAGUGGGUGGAACGCAAAGAAAAUGAGAGCAGUUGUCCUUGGUAUAAUGAAGCGACUUAAACAAAAGCCUGAAGAGCUUGGUGUGGUGGAGCUUGUUUCCUUUGGACAUCUGCUUUGUGGCUUCAGUUCCUCUGAAAUUUCCCAUCUAGACCCGUUCAACCUGAGCGUGGCUGCUUUGUUUCUGGGGGAGAUGGUACUGCCGUGUUCUGAGCAGCAGACCGAGGCGCUGACGUCAUGCCUAUCCAGUCCUCUGGGCUUUGGUCCAGUCAGCAGCUGGGGCUCUGAGGUCUUCACUGAGAUUGGGACUUUGGCAGCUGGGCUGGAGGAUAUGGUAUUGUCUGCACUAAUAAAAGAGCAAGUGGAAGGACUUACACCAGCAGCAAUUACCCUGAUAUCUCCAAGAAAAUUCGCUGUGGUAUUCAGUGCCACGCAGCUGUCUUGGCUGAGCUCUGAACAAGCGUGUGCCGUGACAGAGGAGCAGUGGGCAGAAUUAGACAAUGAACAAAGACAAGCACUUGUCAUGGCCCAGUAUGAAGGCGAAUUAAUGCUUGAGCACAGAGGCAGGAACCAGGCUCCAUCGUUAUGGUUUGCCGGCAGCUUCAGAAAAUGUUUAUUACUUUUUGUCUGUACAUUGUGGAUACUGUUAUAAAGAUUAUAA